ACUACCAAUUGAAAGUUAGCACAAUUUUCCCUCCGAUACAUACUCAUCCGGUCACCGUGAGAUUAAUCGCGACUAUCAUUGUUUCAAAUCGCGCGUGAAGCUAUUGCGAUUAUCAUUGAUAAACAAUAAAUAGCAAUUUGAUCUCAUCGAUACGUGAUUUCUUUUUCGUCGCGCGUGAAAAACUGUGGCGGGGGAAAACAAUUAUCGAUCCUCCCGAUGAAAGCAAUCAAAUAAGUGUGAAGAACCGAAUUUUUUGUCGUCGUGAUAAUAUUUAUCCGCUUGAAUUAAUUGUUCUGCGGACAUUCUAAUCCAUGAUUGUUCGCGAAAGGGAUAACUGACACUAAAGUGCACCGAGUUCAUCGAGUUUGGUCCCUUUCGAUGGAAUUGAUUCUUGUGGACACCAUUCUGCGUGUGGCGAUGCCGCGCGACCUUGAUCAAGGCGCCUCGUUUCAGGGUCUAGGUCUCGAGACGUAUCGCCGCAACGACCGCGAUCGACCCGCGAUCGAGAUCGCGCCUCGCGAGGAACAGCAAAAGAAAAGAGUGGGAGACGGAUCAGAGGAAGUCGAGCGAGAAAGAGAGAUCGAGAAAAUGACCCCCACUCGCGGCAAUGAGGAAAUAGAGGGGCGCUCUUAUAAAGACUAUGCCUACAGCCCUGUACCAGUGAGUUCCCUUUCGACGGUGAAUGAUACACCCCCAGUCAGAGAAUCAGUGGAAUUGGACAUACGGAGCACGUCAUUACGCACCAACGGUCAUAGUGGUCCCGAAGACAUGACGGAGGAGGGUUCCAAAUAUGUCCAGUUCCUGGCUGCUGCAGCGGCUAGUCUAUCCGUCGUCGCGACUGGUGCGACGAUGGGAUGGACAAGUCCAGUUCUUCCUAACUUGGAGAAAGAUGGCGGACCUUUGGAAUCGCGGAUCAGCAGCGAACAGAGUUCCUGGAUAGGAUCUCUGAUGGCCCUCAGUCCUAUUGUCGGCAGCUUCGUGGCGGGAUACCUCGGAGAAAGAUUGGGCCCCAAACGAGCGUUACUAUCUUGCGUGGUGCCGUAUUUAAUUGGAUGGAUACUUGUCGCCUCUGCGGGUCACAUUGCUCAGCUUUAUGUUGCUCGAUUAAUAUUUGGAUUGGCUCUGUCUAUCGUAUUCACGAUCGUCCCUAUAUAUAAUGGCGAAAUUGCCGAGGUGUCUAUCAGGGGAGCAUUGGGCUCUUUUCUUCAGCUCUUUAUCACGUUCGGUUUUUUAUAUUCCUACGCUAUUGGGCCGUUUGUUAGUUACACAGUCUUUUGGAUUCUCUGUGCCAUCGUACCGAUAAUAUUCUUCAUCUGCUUUAUUUUUAUGCCGGAAUCUCCAUACUUCCUCCUCGGUCAGGGCCGCAAAGAUGAAGCGAUCGCAAGUCUGGCGAAGCUCCGAAGUAAAUCCGAAGCGGCCGUUCAGAAGGAGGCCGAUGAAAUACAGGUGAUACUUGACGAGGCUUUCAAGAAUGAAGUUAGCAUCUUAGACCUGUUCAAGGUGAAGGCGAACUUCAAAGCACUGGGCCAUACUUGUGCCUUAGUUUCCUUUCAACAGUUUACCGGUAUCAAUGUCGUACUGUUCUAUAUGCAGAAUAUUUUCAUUGCUGCUGGAGGUAGCAUCUCAACAGAUGUAGCACCCAUUAUCAUUGGAGUGGUGCAGGUAUUAGCGUCAGCAGUGACACCCGUAGUAGUCGAUAGAUCAGGUAGAAGAUUGCUUCUCCUCAUCUCCGGCAUCGGAGAGACAGUCAGUUUGUGUGCCCUGGGCUUAUAUUUCUACUUGAAGGAAGCACAGCACGCGGAUGACGUAGUGGAACAGAUAUCCUGGUUGCCGAUAGUCUCGCUCGUCAUCUUCAUCGCUACAUACUGCAUAGGCUGGGGUCCUCUUCCAUGGGCGGUGAUGGGCGAGAUGUUCGACCCGAAUGUCAAGGCCAAGGCUUCCGGUAUAACGGUUUGCAUCUGCUGGUUCCUGGCCUUCCUCCUUACCAAGUUCUCUAGUAACUUGGAGAAAGCGUUAGGCAAUUACGCGUCCUUCUGGAUGUUCGCAGGAUUCUGUUUCGUCAGUGUCCUUUACACGGUAUUUUUACUGCCUGAAACGAAAGGCAAGACUCUUCAACAAAUCCAGGAUGAGCUCAAUGGAGUGACUUCGACUGCAAGCGUUGAGAACGGGAUGAAAAAGUGAGACGAGAGCACUUGCAUUCGAUUAUCUUGAUGGCAUAUGCUGAAUCACUCGAUGAAUUCAUUAACACUUUGAAGAGAUCAGAUAUUUUUAAAAAAUUUGUAAAGUUUUACAUUUUUAUGACAUAUCUGCACAGGAAUCUUUUAUAAAGAAGGAGAAUCAAGUAGCAUUAGAAAUACGGAUAAUAUAUAUGCCUAAUCUACUGCCAAAUUUAUACAGAUAUAGAUAAUAUGGGCGAAAUAGAAAUAUUUUUAAGCGACCACCGCUCGGUUUUUUGUCUUAAUGUCGUUUGAAUCAUAAAGAAAAAUGAAAGACGAUCGAUAAACGAAUGAUGGUCCAAUAAUUUAAAUAAAAUGUUCGGGAUAUCUAUCUCAGAGAGUAAAACGAGGAUAGACUUUAUUUUUGCUCACAUACACUCAGAUAUAAUUUUGUUGUUUUCUACAGGGAACCAAAAAUACUUCGUCUUCCAAACAUUUACGUAACACCUAACACAGCACAGUAAUUGUAUAUGUACAUAAUGGAAGUCAUCAUGCAUAUUUAUAAGUACGCUUGCGUUAAUGAUAUACUUCGGUAUGUAUAUCAUUGUCUAUAAACUUCGUUUUUCCAAGCAUGAAGGAAUUUAUAAUAUGUCAGUAAACGUUUCUACGUUUUCAAGUUCCUGUCAGAUCCGUGAUUAAGAAACGCAAUAGAGCUGUUAAUAUGACUCUCCUAUUUUAUCGUAUCGGGAUUUUUCUAGUAUUACACAUGAUUGUGGACGUAGUGUGAAGCGAACGAAAAACCAAAAAUAUUAAUUUCGCGGCGUAUUUCUCGUUCACGGAUGAGAGACUAGUCAUUUUAUAACGCGUCUACA